AUGAAUCCCUGUCCACCUGGAUGGCAAAUGAUUGUCACUGGCGGACCGCCAGGUGCUCCAAUAGGUUCGGGUCCAGUUGCGAGUGGUGCCUUUGGUCCGGCAGUUGGGCUUGGUGGUGGAAUUAUCAGUAGUGGAGGAGGAUUUGGAGGUAUUGGACCGAUCGGUGCAUCAAGCUCCGGAGGUGGUUUAGCAAAUUUAGCAGCCAGUUUACCGAUACCCCCACAAGGUCAAUUGAUUGCCGACUAUAUUGUUGAACAGUCAGCAGGCUUGGCAAGCGGCCGAUAUCCCCCACCUCAAGUUGUUGUUGAUGGAGCUCAAGGCUCCGGAUCAUUUAACGAAGUUGUCGAAGAAGUCUCAACAAGACCUACAAUUAUUGAAGUGUGGCAAAAAAGAACAAGAAUGCAUUCGGCUAAGUCAGCCUCAUCAAUUUCACCAGCGCGAUCUGAUAGGGGAUUAGAUUUAGACAAAUUUAGAAAAGAAAUACUUGAUGCUAUUUCACGAAUAUCUCAUGGACAAACAGUUGGACCAGGUCGUGAACCGAUUAGAUAUCAUUGGACUGGUCAUGAUGGAGAAACUCAAACUGAAAUACAUGGCAAUGAAAUUGCAUGGCGUACAUAUCAACGAGAAAAAGGCACACAAUCGGAAGGCGGAGCAGUGACACCAGGCCCGAUACAACAAAUUGGCGGUGGCGGUGGUGAAGUGAAAGUUAUUGUUCAACCAAUUCAACCUGUAUUUUACAUGCCUCGUGGUCCACAACAGCAAGUAGGUCCUGCAUCAUCCUCAGCCCCGAACGUUGUCUACGUUCCACGCAAUGUUUACGUUCCAGUCAUUAAACCUGUGUUUGUUCCACGUGAACGAGUUAUUGUUCGUCCUCAAAUAAUUCAUGUUGCUCGACCAGUCUUAGUCGAUCGUCCUGUACCCGUCACUCAACGACCUAUCAUCAUCGAUCGUGAACGACCUGUUCCUGUACCCAUCCGUGCUGCAGCAAAAGUACAGCAUGGUCCCCAAAUAAUUCGUGAAGAAUACGUUUAUCGAGAUAAUUUACCAGUUGCCUACGGUGGACGAUGUGCAAACCAUGCGAGUGGCGUAAGUUAUGGUUAUAUGCCCACACAUGUUGAAGAUCAAUACGCAUCAUCAGGCGAAGCCAUCUAUCAAACACAAAGUGCACCACCUACUGUCGUCGAUAUGAUUGUACCCAAUCAAUUUUAUCGAUCUGGCUCUGGGUUAGAUCUUCUGAAUAGCCCACGUGGAUUACAACAAUCAGCUAGUCUUGCUGGCGUACCGGUUAAUCGUUCAACACAAAUUGAAGUAUUAGAUACAACCGUUAAUCCAUUUUGGCAAAAAACCGAUCAAUCCCAUUUAUUAAGACGUUACGGACGACAAGCAGUUGACAUUGUUGGUAAAACGGAUCAACUUGGUGGUAUGUAUUCAAGUGGUAAUGGUAUCCUACGUUCAAAUUCAGUUAACAGUCAAAUCGGUGGUCUUCAACGAAGCGGAUCAUUUGGAUCGAUACCAUUGGGUGACAUCAGAAAUUUACCGCCAGAAGGUUUCGGACCUGGCCGACGACCAAUUAGAGUUAAUUAUUAA